AUGUCAUCCUCAAAAGCCUCCAGAAUAGGAGAAGAAACGAGAAUCGAUAAAGUCAACGCGGAGCUGGUCACGUUAACAUACGGCACGAUUGUUGCGCAAUUAUGCCAGGACUAUGAUAGUGAUUAUCAGGAGGUCAACAAACAAUUGGAUAAGAUGGGCUACAAUAUUGGCAUGCGGUUGAUUGAAGACUUUCUGGCCAAGUCCGGGGUGGGACGAUGCGCCAAUUUCCGCGAGACAGCAGAUAUGAUUGCCAAGGUGGGCUUCAAGAUCUUCUUGAAUGUUGCGCCGACGGUCACCAAUUGGACCAGCGACAACAACCAAUUCUCCCUUAUCUUCGACGACAAUCCCUUGGCAGACUUUGUGGAGUUGCCGGACGACGGACGAGCGCAGGAUGAGCUCUGGUUCUCGAAUAUCCUAUGCGGUGUGCUUCGAGGCGCACUAGAGAUGGUUCAAAUGCAGAUCGAAGCACAUUUUGUGAGCGAUGUGCUCCGUGGCGACGACACUACCGAGAUGCGGGUCUCACUGGUCCGAUACAUCGAGGAUGAGAUGCCGCCAGAGGAGGAUUAG